CGCGUGGGACCAGCUGCUGCUGUGAGACCUUCCCUGCUCCUUCGCUGCGUUUAGACUUGUGACGAGGACAUGAAUCUCUGUAACUCUUCGUUGAACCCCAAACUGAAAAUUUAAACGAGAAAUGUCCGCUCAGGGAUUGUUAAGCAGUGUUUUCUCGUGCUCCCUGAGCCCUAAAAUCAUUUCCAAGCGGAGACUGAGGCAAACGAGGAGUUUGGACCCGGCGCUGAUGCGACAUUAUGGGACUGAAGUUAAUGAGACGACGUGCAAGGGUGACUUCACCUGGAACAGCUUGUCAGGACGCAGCAUUGGCCUGAAGCCCGUCCCGCUGCAGAGCCUUUCAGAGUUGGAGAGGGUCCGCCUCCAGGAAGUGGCCUUCAGGCGAUUGCUUCGGGAUCGCGACCUGGGCUGCCACAUCAGCAUUCCUAAAUAUGGCCACAAGCACAAGAAGUCGCUCAGGAGGAAGUUGGAUUCAUUAUCCAAAGAAAAGAGUAAAGACAAAGAGACCUUGCCCCAGGCGUUUGGCAUACCGCUGUCUCAGGUCAUAUCCAACGACCACACACACAAGCAGAAGCAUGACCCGCCGCAGGAGGAGCACAGCGACCCCACUGAAUUGAUGCUAUCCUUCCUCCAACUCACCUCCGGCUUAAAAAGAACCAACAAGGAGCUCUCCAGCAGCAACUCCUCACUUAGCUCCACUUCUGAGACUCCUAAUGAUUCACCUCUGCCCAGCACACCAGAAACAGCCCCUCGGACACACAGGAGGGGAGGAGUAUCUGUGGAUUGCAUCACAGACCUUGAUGAUAACCAGUCUCGCCUGUUGGAGGCCCUCCAGCUCUCUCUGCCAACAGAGUCAACCGACACCAGGAAGAAACGGCAUGACAAAAAGCUCAGCCUCAACCCUAUUUACAGACAGGUGCCCAGGGUAGUGGAUCUCUGCUGCCAGCACUUGGAAAAAUAUGGGCUACAAACAGUCGGAAUUUUCCGUGUUGGGAGCUCAAGGAAGAGAGUACGACAACUUCGUGAGGAUUUUGACCAAGGAUGGGAGAUACAGUUGGACGAGGAGCACAGUGUCCAUGAUGUAGCUGCUUUACUGAAAGAAUUCCUCAGAGACAUGCCUGACCCCCUGCUAACAAGAGACCUCUACACAGCCUUCAUUAACACAUUGUUGCUGGAUGAUUCAGACCAAGAGAGCGCCAUCCAGCUGCUGAUAUUUCUGCUUCCUCCUUGUCACAGUGACACGCUGCAGUGCCUCCUUUGCUUUUUGUCUACAGUGGCUGCACAUGCCAAAAACAGCCUGGACAACGAGGGACAUGAGAUCACGGGAAACAAGAUGACAUCACUCAACUUAGCCACCAUCUUUGGACCCAACCUUUUACGCAAACAGAAGAACUCAGACAAAGAGUUUGCAGUGGAGAGUUUUGCCCGUGCAGAGGAGAGCUCAGCCAUCAUCACUGUGGUCCAAAGGAUGAUCUGCACAUACGAGACUCUGUUCAUGGUGUCUGCUGACCUGCAGAAUGAAGUGCUGAUGAGUUUGCUUGAAACUGAUCCUGAUGUUGUGGAUUAUUUAUUGCGGAGGAAGGCCUCCCAGGAAUCAGAGCCAGGCUGUCUUAGAGCAGAGGAGUCCUUCCCUUUGACUGACAGACGCCUAUCCAACGACUCCAUCAAAGCUUCUAGUGGAGAGGUGUCUCCCUAUGACAACAACUCUCCUGUCCUGUCAGAUCGACAGCUUGGUAAACACCUGGAGGACAGCGGUCAGCUCUCUGACAGGAUCAGCAGACUAUCUGGACAGCUCAAAGUCAGAGGCUGUUCUCAGGACGACUCAGGCAGCAUCUCUCCUACACUUUCCACUGACAAAGAGGCUCCAUCUGAGGAUUUUUGGGACACCUGGCAUGAGCUGUUCAGCAAAGAUUUCGGCGGCCACCACAUCACUGGCUCCCUUGGAGACGUGUCGGAAUGUGAGUCGUACGGAUCAUCGGAGGGGCCGAGCUGUCACCAGGGCAACAACAAGCCUGACAGACCAACACAAACCUCAUUGGGCAUGCUGGGAAACAGACCACACCUCCCAGUGACUCGCAGCAGCAGCGGUCCCCAUGACCAGAGAGGACAGAGACAACAGCAAUCAUCAUUACAUCGGGGUUUGAGCAGCCAAUCGGCAGCCAUCAGCUCGGACAACUUAGCAGAAAGGACGCUACAACCUGCGUGUCCGUUGUUUAAGGUCAGGAAGGAUGCUUUGACUUCUUUUCACUACUCGGGACAGCUAAGGGAGACCCAUAUUUCUCACUCCACGCCCUCUCUUGUCAGGUGUGAGCCUGAAACUCAAACUCAUCAACAGUUUCAGCAAAGCUCAACCUCACAGAUGGACACAGAAAAGGGCUCUGGUGCAUCAAAUGGGCCAACAGAGAGGUGGCACAUAUGGCACAUACUAUCAAAGGAAAAUGCAGACACUCUGCCUGAAACCUUGGUGUGAUUCACACUUGAAUGAUGCCACAACUGUCUGUUUACAGUUAGAGUUGUUAAUGUAAAUGUCAUCCAGUAUGUAUGUUUAACUGUAUAUACUGUACAUUAUAGAUGUGACAUAGGUAAUUAUGAUUUAUAUUGUCAGAAAAUACCCUUCAUAUGUUUUCAUUGUAAACCUAUAGACUCUGUAGUCUUGUGACAGCAGCUACUUAGUUACUGAAUUAUCUACUAGCUGUGAACAUUCUCCUAACAUGUUUUCUUUUUAUUUAUUAUUGCUAUUUUUAUUAUUGCUAAUAUUUUUUACAGAGAAAAAUACUUGUGUUCUAUCUGAUUUGAAUUACAGUUUGAAUCGUCAAAUUAAGAAUCCCUGUCUCCUCUUUUUGCCUGGAGAGAAAAAAUGGUUUAGAACUAUUAUUUAUAGAGAAAUCCUGUGAAUCAACGGCCAGUUUUGAGGCUAAAAAAUCAUGUAACUGUACGAUUGCAAUAUUGC